AUGGAAAAAAUAUAUAAACGUUUUAAUAAUGUAGCAAUUGUUGAAAAUACAAAUGAAAUUUCAAAACAAGCAGCUAUUGAUCUAUGGCAAAAAUUAGCUUCAUCAUUUUAUAAUCAUGUAUUUCAUGAUCUUUUACAUCAUACGAAUAACACAUGUCCCGGUGAUCAUAAAGAUAAUUUAUGGAUCACAUAUAAUGAUUAUCAACCACCUAAAACACAAAUUGAAUGGAAACAAACAUGUUUCUUAGAUAAAUGUUAUCAUGGUUAUUAUGAAUGGCCAAAAAUAAUUAAAUAUCCAAUGAAUAAACGUGAAAGUUAUACAAAAGAAACUAUGCCUGAACAUGGUCUUUCUCGAAAUUUUGGUUUGGGUUUAAUUGAUCAUUUUAUGGAACAAUUAAAUAUAUUAAUUCAUGAAAAAACUAAAGAAAAAUACGAAGGUUGUCAUCGAGUAGCAGCUGUGAUUGUUCCUGGAAUGAUUCGAGUUUGUGCUAAUCUAAGUCCUGAAACUUUAUCAUAUUGGGGUGCAUGUUUUAAAUUUGCCAUGGAAGAUUUAGAUCCUCGUCGAAUGUAUCGUCUUAUUGAAUUUAUUCGUACAUUAAUAAAUAAUAAAACAAUAGUUAAUACAUUUCUUGAAACAUCACGUUGGUUUUUAGUUUUAAAAUUAACUAUUUUUGAAUGGCGUAUACCAGCUCUAUGGUGUGCUAUUAAUGAAUAUGCCAAAGAAAUCCUUGAUCAUCCAUAUAAAGCUGUUCGAGAAUAUAUUGCUAAUUUCGACAUUAAACUACCCAAUGGUCAAUCAACACGUCAUCCCGAUGCAAAUCGUUUUAUUGAUGCUAUUCGUGAACGAUUACAUCAAGCGAUAGAAAUUUACGAAAAAAAGCCAUUAGAAGCUCGUAAAGCAUUGAAUUUUAUGGAAACAGUGAUUCGAUUUCAUACACAUAUAUUUAUGUGGUAUCUAAGACCAAUGAAAAGUGCAAUUGUUCGAUUAUUUCCAUGUGUAUAUUUUAAUUAA